CUCUGAAGAGUGCAGUGAUGUAAAUCCUACUUCCUUUUCAAAUUGCUGCAGUCGUAAGCUUCGUGCCGUGGCAGCUUCUUGAAUUUCUGUGGUGGAACGAGAAAUUAAACGGUCUUUUUUUGAGCUGGACAUGAAAUCGACUGGAUGAAAUUCAGGCCAGUUGUACUCCAAGGGAACUUCUGUUUUCUUCAGUGAGCGUAUAAGCCAUCAACAUGCCACCACCGUCAGACAUUGUGAAGGUGGCCAUUGAAUGGCCGGGUGCUUUCCCCAAAUUGAUGGAAAUUGAUCAGAAAAAGCCCCUGGCGUCAAUCAUACGGGAAGUUUGUGAUGGCUGGUCUCUACCAACACCUGAAAACUAUGCUCUGCAGUAUGCGGACGGCACAAACUUCUACAUCACUGAAAAGAACCGCAACGAAAUCAAAAAUGGUGCAAUCCUUCGAUUAGCAUCAUCACCAACGCAAACUGCGCAGGCUCUCCAUGAGAGAAUCCAGUCUUCCAGCAUGGAUGCCAAGUUGGAAGCCCUGAAAGACUUGGCUAGUCACUCCCGUGACAUCACCUUUGCCCAGGAGUUUAUUAACCUUGACGGCAUCUCCCUGCUAACUCAGAUGGUGGAAAGUGGAUCUGAACGGUAUCAGAAACUACAGAAGAUUAUGAAGCCCUGCUUUGGGGACAUGCUGUCCUUCACACUGACUGCAUUUGUUGAACUCAUGGACCAUGGGAUUGUCUCCUGGGACACUUUCUCAGUUGCUUUCAUCAAAAAGAUAGCAAGCUAUGUGAACAAGUCUGCAACGGAUGUGGCGGUGUUACAACGGUCGCUGGCAAUCUUGGAGUCCAUGGUGUUGAAUAGCUAUGAUCUCUACCAGAAGGUGGCGCAAGAGAUCACUAUUGGACAACUGAUGCCGCAUCUACAAGGGGUGGAUGCUGACAUUCAGACUUACACGAUUGCAGUGAUAAACGCUCUCUUCCUUAAAGCCCCUGACGACAGAAGACAGGAAAUAGCGAACAUUUUGGCCCAGAAACAAUUGCGUGCCAUUAUUUUGUCUCACGUUAUUCGUGGAAACCGAAGCAUUCAGACCGAAAUGGCUCACCAGCUGUAUGUCCUCCAAGUGCUGACUUUUAAUCUUUUGGAAGACCGAAUGAUGACAAAGAUGGAUCCGCAGGACCAGGCCCAAAGAGACAUCAUUUUUGAGCUACGUAGGAUUGCGUUCGAUGCAGAACUGGAACCGAGCAACAGUGGCAGCAUUGAGAAACGAAAAUCUAUGUACACCAGAGAUUAUAAAAAACUGGGUUUCAUUAAUCAUGUGAAUCCCGCUAUGGAUUUUACAGAGACCCCGCCAGGAAUGCUGGCCCUUGACAACAUGCUGUACUUUGCCAAGCAUCAUCAGGAUGCCUACAUUAGGAUUGUGCUGGAGAACAGCAGUCGGGAAGAUAAACAUGAGUGUCCAUUUGGUCGAAGCAGUAUUGAGCUUACCAGGAUGCUGUGUGAAAUCCUCAAAGUGGGAGAACUUCCUAGUGACACCUGCAACGAAUUCCACCCCAUGUUUUUCACACACGACCGCUCAUUUGAGGAGUUCUUCUGCAUCUGCAUCCAACUGCUGAAUAAGACUUGGAAAGAAAUGAGAGCGACAUCUGAAGACUUCAAUAAGGUAAUGCAAGUUGUAAAAGAGCAGAUAAUGAGAGCACUGACCAGCAAGCCUAAUUCUCUCGACCAGUUCAAGGGCAAGUUGCAGAACCUGAGUUACACAGAGAUCUUGAAAAUCCGACAGUCGGAGAGGAUGAACCAGGAGGACUUCCAAUCUCGCCCAAUCCUCGAACUUAGGGAGAAGAUUCAGCCUGAGAUCCUUGAGUUGGUGAAGCAGCAGCGGCUGAACCGACUGUGCGAAGGCACCUGCUUCAGGAAGAUCAGUAGUCGCCGACGACAAGAUAAAUUCUGGUACUGUCGGCUUUCACCAAACCACAAGGUCCUGCACUAUGGUGACCUGGAAGAAAGCCCACAGGGGGAGGUGCCGUACGAAUCUUUGCAGGACAAGCUUCCCGUGGCUGAUAUUAAAGCUAUUGUGACAGGAAAGGAUUGUCCACAUAUGAAGGAAAAAGGUGCUCUUAAACAAAAUAAGGAGGUGUUGGAGCUCGCCUUCUCGAUCCUGUAUGACCCUGAUGACUCAUUGAACUUCAUCGCCCCUGACAAGCAUGAGUACUGUGUGUGGACAGACGGGCUGAAUGCUUUACUCGGGAAGGAGAUGAUGAGCGAGCUGACUAAGAAUGACCUUGACACGCUCCUCAGCAUGGAGAUGAAGCUGCGACUCCUUGACCUAGAAAAUAUCCAAAUUCCAGAAGCCCCACCACCUAUCCCCAAGGAGCCGAGCAACUAUGACUUUGUUUAUGACUGUAACUAAACACAGAGACAAACCUGUGAGAAUAAACUGGAAUCAGCGUCGGCUGGAACUGCUUCUUUUGUUAUCACAUCUAUUAACUAUCUACCUUCCUGCUGUUCUUCAGUCUCUGCUAAUGUUUAGCUAGACCAAAUUGUUACUUAAUGAGUAUCCGUGUCAUUAAGGACAGUGACUUCGGCACAGUACAACCUCCAUUGAGAGGGAAACCAACACCUGGAUCUUUUGAUGCGUCACCUUCUUACCAAAGCCUUGUUUCUGACAGCACUUUGAGACCGUCCUUUGCUCUUUGUUACCAGAGUAACAAGGGGGGGAUUGAGGAUAUGAGGCAGUGAGGUGGAUCUUUUUUUUUUGAUCUGUACAUCAAAAACAAAUGAUCGGCGUUUUUCCAUUCAGGAUUUCUGAAAUCAGUCUAGGUCUGUUCAUAUCUCAAGCUGCCCUCUCAGAAUCAGCCCUGCAGCUGUACACUUUGUUCAGUAGACAAAGCUUACAUCGUGAUGAAAGUAACAUUGUAGGUCAUGAAUAUGGAUCAUACUUAAAAGGAAAGACUAAUUCCCUAUUAAAUUAGCAUAUGGUCUUGGCUUUGAUCCUCUGUAGUGUAAAGCACCUUGUAUUGCAUGAGUGUUUUUUUUAUUUGUGGAACAUGCCAAACAGCCAGUAUUAUGUCAAUGUUGUAUUAUUUCUGUGUAAAAGAAUUUACAAGAAAACAUUUUUUGUAUAUGUUAUACAUAUAUAUAUAUAUAAAAAAAUGUUUUACCAGUUUUGCCUUGUUACAUAUAUAUUUUAUGGGGAAUGCAUAUCUGGGUAUUGUAAUGUUCCUUCGCCGCUUUGUAAUAUUGGAAUAAAUGUCUUUGGAAUCUUGCAGUUUUCAAUAAAAGAAACAGAUUUAUUA